GCUAUGUAGUAACUCAGGAUUGCUAUCUUUGGUGUCAAUAAUUGUAAGCGUGUGCGAGUCACUCGAACUUUGUUGUGGUGUUUUGACUCUGUUAUUCAGCUGAUGCUGAUUUAAUUAUGACCAGUGAAAAUCUUCAACAGUGCUACAACAAGGGCUGUGGGCAGAAGUUUGAUCCAUCUAAAAAUACCGAAGAUUCUUGUACGUUUCACCCAGGGCCACCUUUCUUCCACGACGCCUAUAAAGGUUGGUCAUGCUGUAAUAAAAAAUGCACGGACUUCACCGAAUUUCUGAACAUUAAAGGCUGCACAAGAUCUUUCCAUAACAAUGUAAAACCUCCUGAACCUGAAAAGCCAAUUGUAGACAAAAGCAAAGCUGAUGAAGUAGUGGUAUACAAUGCUCCAAAAGCAGUCGCACCACCUGUCCUUGAAAGACCUUCUUUUGACACACCUUUGGUCUUAAUGGCACCACAAGUAUCACCAGCUUUAGAACGGCAGGUUUGUUCGAAAGUAGUGACUGUAAAUGAUGAAGAAGUCGAGUCAUCCGCAGGUGUGCCUAUUGGGACUCCAUGCCAGAAUCAUGGAUGCAAAAAGGUGUAUCAGGGACAAGACAGCUCUGACACGAGGUGCAUUUUUCAUCCAGGUCAACCAGUUUUUCAUGAAGGUCUAAAAUAUUGGUCCUGUUGUAAACGCCGCACAACGGAUUUCAAUACAUUUCUGGAGCAGGAAGGUUGCACAACAGGAUCACAUGCAUGGACUAAAGCUCAGAAAAGCAACAACAAAAAAGUUAAAUGUCGAUAUGACUGGCAUCAAACUUCGAAUUAUGUUGUUGUAUCCAUAUUUGCCAAGAAAUAUGAUCCAAAGAUGUCUACAGUAGAGCUAAAUCCGAUCCGUCUUAGAAUCCAUUUGUAUUUUCCAGAAGAAGAUAAUGCAUUUGAUUUAGAUAUUGAAUUGAAAGGGGUAGUCAAUGUGUCCAGGAGUUCUGUUAGUAUGAUGCCUACAAAAUGUGAAAUAAAGUUGUACAAAGGAGGCCCAGGAUCUUGGUCAAAGCUCCAUUUCCCAUUGCCUGAAGAUGUGGAAGAUGAUGGAUCAGAUACUGAAGUGAAAAUGAAGCAAAAUACGUCCACCGUUGAUAAUGUAAACGUUGAAGGUGAUGAAGAUUUGGUAGAUUUAAGCGACCUGUGAAGUGGAUUUUUGUGUUACAAAUAUUUUCUGACACGUUUUAAUUUGGAAUGAGUUCCUAUUGAUGUGUGUUAAUUUAUUACAUCAGAAUACAUAGUGUGAAGUGUAACACAGCUAUUAAUCAGACUGUGGCGAACGUGUCUUUUAAACAUGUGUAGUGAGAUCUCUUACAAAAACUUAUUUUUGAAUUUUUUAUACUUGCAUUUCUACUUUGAUGAGCAAUGUACAGGGUUUAUUGCCUUCAAUCUGUAUUUAUUUGUCAGUUAACAUGUAAAGAACCACGUUUACUGCUCACAGGAAAUCUGUUAAAUGAAGUUCUUCAGUAUAUGUAACGUUUAAUAAAAACACACAAAAAUA